GAUAAUCUAAGCUAAACGGUUGUCAACAUAGAAGUAUUUUUGGGGAUGUUGGAAUUGUUUUCAUGUUUGUCCUAUAAUCAUUAAACAAUAAGCAUAGUUAUACCCAUUGACCUAUUAUAAAUGGACUGAGCGUAGAAAGAGAAACUGCGGCCAAGAAUGAGAUAAAAGAUGUACUCCUUUUUGGAAGAAAAUAUUCUUAAAAUAGUUUUUCUUCCAGGCGGAAAUGUAUGAUAAGAGCCGGUACCGGCAUGGAUAUCAGCCUGCUAUUUGCCGCUCAAAUUGACUUUUCAAUUUUCAACGAGUGACGACUGUUGACUAAUCGACUUUUUGGUAGUUUGACUUUGAGUAUUCAACAUUUUUCAAAAAAAUUUAGUUAAUUGUAUUGCUCUAAUUGCUGACGAAUUUUACGAUGGUUUGGAGUUGUUGUAUUCCUUUCUGCGAGUCCAAAGGAAAUAAAGGAUCCAAACUAAAGUUGCAUAAAUUUCCACUUGAUAAAAAUCGUCAAACAUUAUGGGUCAAAUCAAUUCAAAACUUUGAACCGUCAUAUAUAAUGAAGAAAUCCCAUUACGUUUGUCAAUGUCAUUUUUUAUCAACAGACUAUGAGUUAAACAACCUACUAAAAAAAACUGCUGUUCCAUCUGUUUUUAGUGAGGUUAUAACGUUGCUGCCUUAUACAAUUUUUGAGGACAAUAGUAAUUUCCCAUCUCAAUGACUUCUUCUGGAGCAAAUUGUUUACCCCAAGACGCAACAACAAUAUUACAUGUUUCAAGCUCAAAAAAAAAAGAAAACCGAGAAGAUUAUAUAGAUAUAUUAUGUGGAGAAGACACUGAAAUGGAAAAUGAUUAUUGUGACAGUAUUGUGGAUAACAUUAAUAACCAUAUAACACAUGACGUAAUAGAAUAUAUUGCAGGGGCAAUUGUUAGAAAGAUAAAGAAAAUUAUACAAUGCAAUGAAUGUGCUGCAGUUCUAUCUGCAAAUAAUAACUGCUCAUUAAUUGAUAUUAAAACAAGAGGUUACUUGAUAAAACCAUCAAAAGAU